AAUCUUGCAAUUAUUUUUUAUUCCUUAAAUAUUAAAACUAUUAAACAUUAAAAUUAAUAAACGGAUGAGAACUGAUGCAAUUUUUCAAAUUGCAUAAGAUCUUAUUCCAAGAUACUACUACUAUUACAGGAAGAUACAGAAUUAUUGUAAUUUGUUAUGUAUUUUUCUGAGCUUAAAACAGUUGACUUAAACACUGGGUAUAUUUUUUCUUCAAUAUUUUAUAUCUUCAUUUUCCAUGCGCGUUGUAGGUGGAAGGUGCAGUCUAUAUCAUUAAUGCAAAAGAGUGGACACUCUAAAAGUUAGGCAACAUUAAAUUUCCACUCAACACCCAAAAAAAUCCAAUCUUGUCACAGUUUCUUUGUCUGUUUCCUUUUGGGGUAGCCAACAUCAAUGGAACAAGAAGGACAUCAAUGGACUCAUGAAGAAGAAGAAGAAGAAGAAAUGAUGGAAGGUGGUGCUUUGAUAAGAAAGCAAUCUGUUUCACAUAGCAAGGGAAGUCUAUUAACAAAUGAAGUAACAUUCUCUUCUUCUUCUUCUUCUUCAAGUAGCAAUGAGAGUGAACAUAGCAAUGGAGUUUUUUCAGUGGUCACAGCCCCAGAUGGAUCUCUUGUUCAGAAAGAGGAAGAAAUUGCUGAGAUAGGAGAUGGUGGUGAAGACAGCAACCAUGUUAAUGGUGAUAAAGUAGAUUAUGAAGCUGUUGGGCUUGCACAAGUGGCAGAAUUUGCAGGAGUGGCAACAAAUGGAGAGGUCAUAAGUGGGGUUGCUGUGUCACAGAAUAAGAACAGUGUUUACUUUGAUGAGCAACAAGGAAUGUGGAAAUGUCACCACUGCACAUGGACCAAGAGAUUUGACAGUCCUUGGACUGUGCCAAAUUGGAAUCUUAAGGGUUACCAUGACUUGAUGAUGAAUGUCAAAACUAUGAUUCAACAUGGACCAUGUUUUUAUUGUGAAACUAAAGAUGAUGAAGUUAAUGGACCUAAUGGAGUUCAAAAUGGUGAUGCUUUUGGGUCUGUCCAUCCAACAAAUCUGGGGGAGAGAGAAAUUGAUGUACAAACAGAUCAGUCAGUUAUUCAAAAUAGUCUAUGCAGCGAAGUCACUGAUAAAUGUAUGAAAACUGUGGACAACAAGCUCCCUUCCAUUCCAGAAUUAUCCAAUAUUCAUAAUUCAUCUGACAUACAAGCUACAGCUGUUACAAAUUUUCAUAAAGAAACUAGUACAAAGGAUGCUCCUAACUUGAUAAAAGAGAUUGAUCAGCAGCUGGAAGAAUUUGAUGUUGAGGCAGUGUUGGCUAAACAAGAGACGCAUGACUUGUACUGUCCUAACUGUCAUUCUUGUAUUACUAAAAGGGUUAUCCUCAAAAAAAGAAAAAGGUACCUUCAAAAAUCAGAUACCAAAGCCAAGCGUGAUAAGUUGGAGAUUAUAGGUAGCUCGGAGCUGGUAGAUAGUUCUGCACAACCUGAAGGCAACCAGGAUGAACAUGCAAAUGUAACAUCUGAAUCUGUCAUUGUUGGUCCAGAGCCACCUGCUGAUGAUAAUCAGCCUCAUGGAGAACCAGAAGUAUUCAGAUGUUUAUCAUGCUUCAGCUUCUUUAUUCCUAGUGGAAAAUGUUUUGAACUAUUCCGUAAUUUUGGUGGUGCCAACAAGAAUGAAGGUGCACAAACUCCUUCUAUUGCACCUUCAAGCAAUUUGCAGAAUCCUUCAAAUCUACCUGCAAGCAAUGUGCAGAAUCCUUCAAAUCCACAAGGCUCCAAUGCAAAUUGGCUCAGAUCUCUAUUUACUUUGAAAAGGGGGAAAAAAGCUAGUGAUGCGUCCCUUGAUUAUUCUAGGACUGGUUCUGCUGAGCAGCAUAACUCAGCACCAAUUACUUCAGAUGAGCUAACCUCCCCUGAAAUUGCUCAUCCAAAAGGUCCACUUGCUGAUUCAUCUGUUUCUAAGAAUGUAAAAACUACGCCAGAUAUUAAUCGUGAUCAUGAAGGAAUGAAUUCUGUGAUUUCAUCAACUAAUUUGUCACCUAUACAGUCUUGUACAAAAGGUGCUGGUGAUUUGAUGAAUGGAGUGCAGAAAGUUGAGCAAGAUUUCAUAGAUUUUUCGACAAUGGAACAAUUACUGCACGGAAAACCGAUGAUUAAUGAGGGAGAGAAAAAGAAUGCUUCAGCAGAUAUAACAAAGACAGCAGGUAAUGUUGAAGUUAAGUCGUCAAUGAGCAUUUCUAUUGAGAAGGUUUACAAAUAUGAGAGUGCUACAUUAGCAGUUGCUACUACAACCGAGAUGAAUGUUAAAGCUGAAGAAACUGCAAAAGAUACCAUUCUGAAACCUUAUGAAGGGGAACUUGAAUUUCCUGUUUCUACUACUGUUGGGUCACUAGUCCUUGAGGAAUCACUACAGGAUGUGGACAACAAACAAAAAAUUGUUGAGAAUAAUUAUUCCUCUUCGGUACAAGGAGUAACAUCACCAAUUCAAUCAUCUGGCAGUGCAAUACUUGCAAAUGAUAUAGCUAGUAUUAAACAAAAUUCUGGAAUAUAUGCUAUCUUACCAUCAAAACCAGAUUUUGCACAUGUGCAAAAGGAUAUUGGCAAGGAACUAGAUUCUUCUACCGGAAAACAAAAUGCAGGCGGUGAAGUGAUAGUUGAUGUGGAGAGAGAAUCGUUUAAAUCCACAACAGCCCUGACAGCAGAUAAUAUGCCACCUGAAGGUGCUAUUAUAACAGGAUCACAUACUCUAGUACAAGUUGAUGAACGACCAAGCGAAGAAGUUGGUGAACCUCAAGGAUGGGAAAUACUUAAAAGCAUUGUGUAUGGUGGUCUGGCUGAGUCAAUCACAAGCCUAGGAAUUGUGUCAUCUGCUGUUAGUUCGGGUGCUACCCCAUUGAAUAUUAUAGCAUUGGGAUUUGCAAAUAUCAUUGGUGGACUUUUCAUCCUUGGUCAUAAUCUUAUUGACUUGAAAAAUGAUCACACCGGAGGCGAUCAAGUGCAAACAAAUGUGCAAGAUCGCUAUCAAGAACUACUUGGACGUAGAGCGAACUUCUUGCUUCAUGCUGUUGUAGCUGUUUUAUCAUUCCUGAUAUUUGGUGCUGUCCCCCUUGUUAUCUAUGGCGUCUUGAUCAAUAAGAAUUACUACACCGAAGUUAAGCUUGCCUCAGUAGCAGCUUCUUCUAUUGUGUGCAUCAUUCUACUUGCUAUUGGGAAAGUUUACACAAGCUCACCACCCAAAUCCUAUAUUAAAACUGUGUCAUACUAUGUUACAUUGGCACUUGCAGCCUCAGGAGUCUCAUACAUAGGAGGCAACCUAAUAAAGGAUCUCCUAGAGAAACUUAACCACCAAGAAUCAGGUUUUGCUAUUACCAUGCCCUUAUCAGACACUAGUAAAUCAGCAUGGAUGUCUUACUGAAUCAGUAGGGAUUAAUUAGGAAUUUUGGAAGGAGUUUGACCUUCUAAGGCUAAUUUUCAAAGGUAGUCCAUAGAGGAACUUGGUUAGAAUAAAUAUAUUUGUAGCAAGACAUGCAGGUUCAAGCAACCUUUUAUAUUUUAUGUUUUGUUUUCCUUGCCGAGAAACUCUUGGAUUCAUGUCAUGAAAAGAAAAUUUUGUCAUUCCAUCUU